AUUUGCUUGCAGUUGCUGCUAGAGAAAAGGGACAUGUUAGAGGCUGACAGGGCCACGGAGCUGUACGUGUAAGGUUGGGUAGCGGAUACCCUUUCAGAGAUGGGCUACUUUGCCCUAAGAGGAAGGAUACGGAUUUGAACAGUGUAGCUACAACCUGGACUCGGCGCUGUGUUUGUGGACGCUCAUAUGCAGGACUUAAUUAAUGUUUAAAAUGUGGGAGAUGGUGGCGUUACCGAGAGCGAGCUCUCCCUUCCUGUCGUCUAGGACAAGAUGGCAGCAGUGCAGGCGAACUGUGCAUGGUGUGGAUUUAUAAGUCCAUAACAUGUUCAGAGAAGCCCUGGAUUAUACUUAUACUGACUCUAUGUGAAGGUAUGGCCUCACAAGUCUUGGUCUACCCACCACACAUUUAUCAAACCCAGACAAGUGCCUUUAGCAGUGUGAAGAAACUCAAAGUUGAGCCCAGCAGCUGUGUGUACCAUGAGAGGGCACACCCGCGGACUUAUCUGAACAGCAGAACCCUUGGCAUUGUGCACCCAACGAAACAAGCCCACUCGUUUGUGAACCGAGACUUGGCAGUGGGCGUGAAAGUGCGUGGAGGACAAGAGUACGCGGUGCAGACGGUGGUGGUGCGUGGCGUACAGAGACAACAGCCCGGUAAAAGAGGAGGAGGAGGAGGAGGAGGAGGAGGAGGAGGACCAGGCCCAGCUGCGGCCCAGCAGCGGCAGGACGCAGGGGUUGUCCACUUGCAGGGCAAGGAGCAGCAGCAGACAGACAAAGCAAGUGGGGGCAGCAGUGGAGCAACAGGGGCAGGAGGAGGGGGAAGGGGAGAGGGCUGCAGUGGAGGAGGUGAGGGAGGUGGAGAGGAGGAGGGUGACAGAGAAGAGAACUGUGGAGGUUUGAACUCAGCUGACAGCUCUCAGCGAUGUGGGCUGAAACGUAAAAGUGAGGAGCUGGAUAAUCGAGGGAGCACCAUGCAGAUUGUGGAGGAACUGUCAAUGUUGCCUGCCAUGUUGCAAACGACGAAUGUGGGGAACGCAGCCGUGACUGCACCUGCGGCCGUGGGGGCUGGAGGAGGCCCCUCCAAACAGGGUGCAGGGCCUGUGGGUGUAGGUGCAGCAGGGGGGACGGGAGGAGGGGAUGGGGACUAUCAGGUAGUACAGCAUGAAGUCCUGUGUUCCAUGAAGAAUACUUAUGAAGUGCUGGAUUUCUUGGGACGUGGCACAUUUGGCCAGGUUGUAAAGUGCUGGAAGAGAGGCACAGGUGAGGUAGUGGCUGUGAAGAUCCUGAAGAACCACCCUUCAUAUGCACGGCAGGGUCAAAUCGAAGUCGGCAUCCUUGCUCGUCUGAGUGGGGAGAAUGCAGAUGAGCACAACCUGGUGCGAGCCUUUGAAUGCUUCCAGCACCGCAGCCACACCUGCCUGGUGUUUGAGAUGCUUGAGCAGAACCUGUAUGAUUUCCUGAAGCAGAAUAAGUUCAGCCCGCUGCCCCUGAAAGUGAUCAGACCUGUGCUACAGCAGGUAGCCACAGCUCUGAAAAAGCUGAAGAGCAUGGGUCUGAUUCAUGCAGACCUCAAACCGGAGAACAUUAUGCUGGUGGACCCAGUGAGGCAACCCUACAGGGUGAAGGUGAUAGACUUUGGCUCAGCCAGCCACGUGUCCAAAGCAGUGUGCUCCACGUACCUCCAGUCUCGGUACUACAGGGCUCCAGAGAUUAUUUUGGGAUUGCCGUUUUGUGAAGCCAUAGACAUGUGGUCACUAGGCUGUGUGAUAGCUGAACUUUUUCUGGGCUGGCCACUUUACCCUGGGGCCCUGGAGUACGACCAGAUUCGCUACAUUUCUCAGACACAAGGUUUGCCAGGGGAACAUUUGUUGAAUGCAGGGACAAAGACAGCACGGUUCUUUUGUAGAGAGUCUGACUCACCUUACGCAGCAUGGAGACUAAAGUCAACAGAUGAGCAUGAGACAGAGACGGGGAUGAAAUCAAAGGAAGCAAGGAAGUACAUCUUCAGCUGUUUGGAUGACAUAGUGCACGUGAACUUGGUGAUGAAUCUGGAAGGUAGUGACUUGCUAGCGGAGAAGGCAGACCGUCGGGAGUUUGUUGGCCUGCUGAAGAAGAUGUUAUUGAUUGAUGCAGAGGAGAGGAUUGCCCCUGCUGAAGCUCUCAGCCACCCCUUUGUGACAAUGCAACACCUGCUCGACUUUCCCCACAGCAACCAUGUGAAGUCAUGUUUCCACAUCAUGGAUGUUUGCUGGACUCGUCCCAGUGCGUAUGAGGCGGUCAACAGAAAUAAAGGCCCUUUCGUCAGACCUGUGACCACAACCGCUGCUGCUUCAGUCAACCACCCCUUUAGCAAGAUAACUGGUGUCCACACGCAAGGGUUAGCCCCAUCUGCCCCAUCAGUGAUGCAUCCUGGCAUACCGUUGCAGACCGGAAGUGGUCAGUUUGGAUGCAACGAUUCAUUUCAGCAGGCACUCAUCUUAUGUCCCCCAACCAUUCAAGGAAUACCCACCAACACAGCUAAACCAGCAGGCUACUCUGUUCGAAUGGAGGCGUCUGUGCCCCUGGUCACUCAAGCACCCCCAAUCCAGCCCAUACAAAUCAGACCUGGAGUCAUCACGCAGGCCUGGUCAAACCGAGCUCAGCAGAUCUUGGUGCCCACUUGGCAGCAGGUGACAUCAGUGCCCCCACCACCAACCACUUUGGCGUCUGACACUGUGGCGGGCUCACAGAGAUUGGGCGACUGGGGGAAAGUGCGUACCCAUGGUAACCAUUACAGCUCCAUGAUUGCCCACCCUCAGCCAUUCUUAACCAACCAAAUGACCAUGUCCACCCACCAGCCAAUCAACAUAGGCAUUGCACAUGUGGUGUGGCCGCAGCCAGCUGCCAACAAGAGAGCUAAGCCUUGUGGAAACAGGGGCAGCAACUUUUCCCAAAACACAAACAUCCAAAAUUUAGCAUGCCAGUCCCCAAAGAUGGCCGAUACAGCAAAGAAUGUGGAGGAGGUAGAGGAGGAGGAAGCCAGAUGCCCAGAAGAAGGGCAUGCUGCUAGAGAAGAGCAAGGAACAGAGCAGGUAGAGGAAGAUGAUGAGAACUGCUGUAAAGUGCAGCCAGACUGUGAGCUUUCAGUUUCACAGGAGCAGCGGCAGGCCAUGGUGAUCUCUGACCUAGCUAGCCCGACUGUUAGCGUCAUCAGUAUAAGCAGUGACGAGGAGGACAGCGCACAAAGACACUCAAUGGGGGAGUGUAAGGGUAGCGCAGAUUGUGAAGCGUGUCAGAGCACCGUCAGUAUGGAGAGAGUCUGUUCCCUCAGCAGCCCAGACAGCACGCUCAGCACCAGCUCUUCAGCCUCAGCCCAGUCCAGCACAUCACCCUGCAAACACCCCAACAGUAUGUCAGAUGAUGAACAGGAGAGUGGUUGUGACACAGUGGACAGCUCGCCUGCCUCACACGCCUCCGGCCACAGCAACAGUCGCUUCACAGAGCGACGCUACAUGGCAAAUGGCAACCAGAACUGCGAGCCCCGUGUCGCAUGCGUCGCCCCAGAGACAGAGCCCAGCAAGCCAACAGUGCGUACUGUUGUGGUGCCUCCAAUGAGGGUGCAGAACAACAACAUCAACCAUGCAGUCAUGGAAACACCUGGCAACACAGUCUUAGAGUCUUCAUGCCAGUCCAAAGGGCGAGGCAUUCCUGGGCGACAACAUCACCACUCCACUCCCCUCCUCAACCGGCCGCAGAAGAUCACCCCUGCAUUCCAGCCCCAGCAACAGCAGCCCAUAGGCUUUGGGCAGGUCCAACAUUUCGGUUCUUGCCACCAGGAGUGGAAUGGCAACUUUGCCCACCGGAGACCACAGGCGUAUAUCCCUCCCACCAUGCAUGGGCACACAUUCACCCUGUCCCACAGCAGCCCAAACCAUUCUACGGGCCCCCACCCCCACCUUGGGGGCCACCCACACUCCCAGCCCACCUUACUCUCCUACCCCCCUUCUGGUCCUCUGGUCACGGCUGCACCCGUGGCUCACCUCCUGGCCUCCCCUGGGUCCUCACGCCCCGUCCUCCAGCCCACCUACAGCAUCUCCCACCCGGCAGGCAUCGUGCAUCAGGUCACAGUGGGCAUCAACCACCGGCUGUUGCCCUCCCCCACCUUGCACCCGCAGGGCCAAUUCAAGCCCCUCUUUCCCCCGCAUUCCUACAUCGCCUCGCCCGCCUACGCCAGUUUCCCUCUCAGCCCCACCAAAAUAAACCAGUUCCCCUACAUCUGAGCAUCGGUGUACAGGUACCCUUCACACCACCUGAGGGCUAAGUGAACAGGGCGAAUUCUAUCUUAAACCACAAACAACAUGGUUUUCAUUUCCAAAAACCAUGGCACAACCACAGAGAAAGCAAGCUAUUUUUUGAAUCAUGUAGACUUGGGUGUAAUUGAACUUCAAGCUUUAAAAAAAAAAAAAAAAAGAGUUUCAAUGGUGGAGAUGAUUUGGGCAAAAUUAAGAAGUAAAUAAUGUAUGAAUGAUUGAAUGAAAGAAUGAAUGAGUAGUUAAACUCACACUUAAUGUGUUUUGCACAUUUGAUAUAUCUUUGCAUUGGAUCUUCUACGAAUACUCCUCAAAACAGGUAAAUAAUUGGGGUGAUGUUGAAUAGUUAGACUUUGCACCCCUAAUCCCAGCUAUUUUUCUAUAUUGCCUUCUUACAUGUGCAAGACACAUCCAUAUUUGUAAAGCCAUCCCAGUCUCUAGCUCUAGAUUGACAGAUGCACAUGUUGUCCACAGUGUAUGUUGUACUGCGUUUGAAGUAUUUGUACCUUUUCGGUGUCUUUUGGUGUUAGCAAUGUCAAGUCAAUUAACCGAUUUAAAUAGGGUUGUUCCUCACGCUGCAUGUGGUCUUGCAUGAGCAAAAAUGUAAACGGAAAGAUGCAUAGACGUUGCUCUUAUUGUUUGUGUCACAAGACUCGCUGCAUUGUAUAACUGUCCCCAGCCAUAGUGCCUUACAUAUUUGAGGUUGUUAAUGUUACUACUUAUAUAUGACUAUAUACAUGAAUAUUAAUGUACUGGACUGCAGCACUUGAAAUUCCAAUCAGUCGAUGCAUCCUAUGUGUGAGUAUAUAUAUGCACAUGUAUAUGUCCAUGCAUAGCCUGCAUGGAUGUGAUGUAUUGCGGAUAGCGGUGCUUAUUUUUGGAGUCAGUGUAUAUUUCAGUGUGUAGUGAGUUAGUUUUCUGUUCUUUCAAGAAGAACAGCAUGCUUUGCUGUUGCGAAUGCUUGCUGUUUCAUUAAUUUUUUUUUUCUCCCUUCCCGAAUGAACUAGUGUACAAAGUGCAAGUACUGAGUAUUGCUUAAUAUUUGAUAAUCACUUUCUAUUUAGUGAAACUCUUAUUACUAACAGUAUUUGUACUGUUUGAUGAAACUGCAAUACAAUCUAAAUAGUCGAUUUUUUUUUUUUUUUUUUUUUUUUUUCCUCGUCUUCGUAUUUUCAUUUUGAGUGUUUUCACUUUGUUUCUUAGAUGUUUAGAAGUGUGGUGGGCAUGGCUUUGAUUAGGUAAGGAAAAAAUGCAAAUUAAUUCAUGGUAUGGAAUCUUCUAAGCCUGAGCAAACCAUGCAGUAUUCAAUAUACACACAUAUAUGGACAUAUAUUAUAGAGCUAGACUAUUUAGUACAGAUGCUUGAUAAGGUGUGAGUUAAUUGUGUGCAAUUCUCUCAUUUAUGCAUGUGUGACAAAUUUAACUUUUUCCCUUUACAUUAUACCAUUUGUUAAAGGCUUAAGGCUUAUCGAUGUCAACAGCUUAUUUUAUACAUUCCGUCAGGGAGGAUAUAUACAUACAUAUAUAUAAAUAUAUAUGGUGGUAUCACCAGUCUAUAUAUAUCUAUAUAUCUAUCU